AUGCAUGUGGUUACCACACGAAACCACUGUUUGGUGAUUGCACGUGUGGUGUUUUGCAGGUGCUAUCGCCAUAUCAAACCUCAGAACAAGUCUGCGACGUGUUCUGAAGAGGUCUUGAAACUUUGGAAGAUUCCUGAAGGUACCAAACUGAAGGAGCUUCUUGCGAAGGAGGGUGGCAUGAAGCAGGUCGAGAUGAGGAGCAUGAUCGAGAAUGCCUGGACGUGGGCACAAAACCGCAACAAGUUGCGGAAGAACGAGAUACAUGGGGAAGAAGAAGCCAAACUUAUCCUGGAUGAGACCUUUGGUGCUAUUCUGGAGACCAGCUCUGAAGACACAGACCUGGCAGACGAAUUUCUCAUUGGAUUUGAGGAGGGGGAGAACUGGUAUGAUGUGAAAGGGGCCCUCAAACGUGUGCGCGUUCGUGAUCCGGAGAUGGCCAGUCCGUUCAAAGAUGACUGGCGAAGCCCUUUGAGGGACUUGCCUACAGGAGAUAGUGCCCAGUACAUCAGAAUAGAUCCUGCCCAUACCUAUGCCAUCGAUGGCAUAGGGAAAUCCUUUCUAGCUUCUGGCAUCAUGAUUCUUUGCCACGCGGGUUGGUUUGGACAUGGAAGCAUGGACAUGAAACUAUCUCGUGCGUAUGCUCGCUUCAUAUCAUAUUGUGAAGCAUACGGAAAGACCACCAGCAUCACCGAUUUCAGCUACAAGACCUUCAAACUGCCCCAGAACUCGUUCAACAACUAUCCUCAAGGUUUGGGCAAAGGAUUUGACUCUGGUGUCGUCGGCGCCUGGUUGGAUGCAGAGCUCCACCAAAUCCAGCCGGCCUCGAUUGAUGGUCCCAUGAGAGAAGUUGUGGAAGUUUUGGUGUGGGCCAGCCACGCCUGUGACCGGUAUUGGCGAACAAUAUAUCGUGAAGGAGUUUGGCUAAACCGCUCUGUUGCUCAACAGGUGGUUCAAGACGGAUGGAGGUUCACCGAUGGAUACAUGACAUUGGCUUCCUUGACAAGCAAACUCUCUCUUCGCCUAUUCAAGGUUAGACCAAAACUCCACAUGAUGUGCCAUCUCCAGUUGGACAUGGAAGAUAUGCUAGCAACCGGACCCGAGUACAUACUCAACAUGUCUGUCCACAUGUGUUGGGCAGACGAAGAUUUUGUGGGACGCUGUUCUCGCAUUUCCCGGCGGACACAUGUCCUGACUGCCUCGACGAGAUGUAUAGAUCGGGCGCUGGGCAAGUACCGGCGUGAGUGGGCCUACCACUUUGGCGCUGGCUAUUUGUAA